AUGCCGGGCGAAGUCAUCGAUCGGCCCAACCCCCAGGCGCCUCCGUCGCAUAUUCCUGAUGUGGUACAGCAACUUCAAGUCCAGCUCCAGCGUACGAGCCUGGACCAAUCCGCCUGCGAUGCAUUGAUGAAAUUCCGCCGGGCGGCUUCUUACAUCGCUGCUGCGAUGAUUUUCCUGCAGGACAAUGUGUUGUUGAAGCGCGAUCUUAUCCACGACGAUAUCAAACCUAGGUUACUUGGACACUGGGGAACGUGUCCGGGUCUGAUUCUGGUAUACUCGCAUAUGAACUAUCUAAUUCGACAGCACAAUCUUGACAUGCUUUACGUCGUGGGACCUGGACACGGCGCACCGGGUAUUCUAGCUGCACUCUGGCUAGAGGGCUCGCUGGGGAAGUUUUACCCGCAUUAUUCGCGCGAUGGCGAAGGCCUCAAGAGGCUCAUCUCGACUUUUAGUACCCCUGCUGGGCUGCCCAGCCAUAUCAACGCGGAAACACCCGGUGCUAUUCAUGAGGGUGGCGAGCUGGGGUAUGCCCUUUCGGUCUCGUUCGGCGCGGCCAUGGACAACCCGGACCUGAUUGUUACCUGUGUCGUUGGUGAUGGAGAAGCCGAGACUGGUCCAACCGCCACGUCAUGGCAUGGGAUCAAGUACCUUGAUCCUGCCGAGUCAGGAGCCGUGCUGCCGAUCCUCCAUGUCAAUGGAUUCAAGAUCAGCGAGCGAACCAUCUACGGGUGCAUGGACAAUAAAGAGCUUGUCACGUUGUUCACUGGAUUUGGAUAUCAGGUUCGCAUCGUCGAGGAUCUCGAAGAUAUCGAUACCGAUCUCCACUGCUCCAUGAUGUGGGCAGUGGAAGAGAUUCGCAAGAUCCAGCAGGCUGCACGCUCCGGCAAGCCGAUUAUGAAGCCUCGGUGGCCUAUGAUCGUCUUGCGCACGCCAAAGCUGCACGGCCAAUUCAUCGAAGGAUCUUUCCAUUCCCACCAGGUGCCUCUGCCCGGCGCAAAGAAGGACAAAGACGAGCUCCAGGAGCUGCAGAAAUGGCUGUCCUCGUACAAACCCCAUGAGCUCUUUACCGAGUCUGGAGACGUUAUCGACGAGGUCAAGUCGAUCAUUCCGUCCGAUGAGUCGAAGAGACUCGGUCUGCGGGCGGAGUCAUACAAAGGUUACGUCCCUCCCAAACUUCCAGAUUGGAGAAAGUUUGCCGUGGAGAAGCAUAGCGACGAAAGCUCGAUGAAGGCAAUCGGUGAUCUGAUUGACGAGGUGUUCACCAUGAACCCUCACAGCGUUCGUUUAUUUUCGCCGGACGAACUGGAAAGCAACAAGCUUGCUGCCGCCCUGAAACAUACCAGCAGAAAUUUCCAAUGGGAUCAGUUUUCCAAUGCCAAAGGCGGUCGGGUCAUCGAAGUCCUCAGCGAGCAUAUGUGCCAAGGCUUUAUGCAGGGCUAUACGCUCACCGGCCGAGUGGGCAUCUUCCCAUCCUAUGAGAGUUUUCUGGGAAUCGUCCACACCAUGAUGGUGCAGUACGCGAAGUUCAUGAAGAUGGCCCGGGAAACGAAAUGGCACCAGGAUGUAGCCAGCAUCAACUACAUCGAGACCAGCACUUGGACGCGACAGGAGCAUAACGGGUUUUCCCAUCAGAACCCCUCGUUCAUCGGCAAUGUUCUCAAGCUGAAACCCACUGCUGCACGGGUCUAUCUGCCCCCAGACGCCAACACCUUCCUGACGACACUCCACCAUUGCUUAAAGUCGAAAAACUAUGUGAACCUCAUGGUUGGGUCGAAGCAGCCGACACCAGUCUACCUGUCGGCAGAGGAGGCGGAAAACCACUGUCGCGCCGGCGCUUCCAUCUGGAAUUUCUGCAGCACCGACGGUGGCCUGGAUCCCGACGUUGUGCUCGUAGGAAUCGGAGUCGAAGUGAUGUUUGAGGUCAUCUAUGCGGCGGCCAUCUUGCGACAGCGUUGCCCUGAGCUUCGCCUGCGGGUGAUCAACGUGACGGAUCUGAUGAUCCUGGAGAAUGAAGGCACCCAUCCGCACGCUCUCACAACGGAAUCGUUCGACAACUUGUUCACGCCCGAUAGGCCCAUCCAUUUCAACUACCAUGGGUAUCCGAACGAGCUGCAGGGACUGCUCUUUGGCCGGCCGCGUCUCGACCGGGUGAGCAUUGCGGGGUACAUGGAAGAAGGAAGCACCACGACGCCAUUCGAUAUGAUGCUAGCGAACAAGACGUCCCGGUUUGACGUGGCGCGGGCAGCGGUGAAGGGGGCGUCCAAGAGAAAUGAAAGAGUGCGAAUUCGCGAGCAGGAGCUCACCAUGGAACUGGCGCAAAAUAUGGCCGAUACUCGCAAGUACAUUCUGGCUAAUCGUAAAGAUCCGGAUGAUAUGUAUACCACGCCCAGAUUCGAGUAG